AUGAGCAAGGACAAGGCAUAUCAAAGACGAGAUCACACACUAGCUGAGAGCAGGACACAGCUGCAGCACCAUUGGCAUAAGCUGAGACUCAAGAGCGAUGGUUAUGGGCUCACAUCACAAUUAGUGAUGCGUUGGGCCUGGCCUGAGGCCCUGAGGCCCUUUGGGCCGAGCCCUCGUAGGUCAGGCCAAAGCCAGGCCCAAGGUAAGGGCCUGGCCUUUUAUGCGCCACCGAAUGCGAGUGUACUGAUGCCUCCCACAGUGAUCUCUGAUGAUGACACACCUGUCACUGUCACCAUGCGAGCAAAGCGCACUAUCAUUUCAUCAUCUUGCCUUACCGACUCUAACAACACCGCAACACCAGAACUCAGCAGCCAUAAAAUCAGCACCAACUCGAGAAAUGCUGGCAAGCGCACUUUGGCGGAUGCAGACUGGACCCCUUCAUCGAGAGAAGAAUUAGCGGAGUUAUCGAGUGAAGAAGACAAAGCGGCAGGCCACAAAGGCAAACACCUUUGUCGGGCUCACAAUCCAUCAUUUAUGGAUGACACCCGUUCUCUCAUUGAUGACACAGAAGAGACUCCAAGUACUCGCCACACGACACCUGCAGCCACGGACGAAUUUCUGUCCGACAUCAAUGUACAGGACAUAUCAAUGACGCCUGUACUUCGACACGAGGAGAGGGGCUCCGAUGUCAGUGCGUUUUUUGGCAAACCUUAUGCACACAAGGCCAAGGACGGGAAAACACGUUCAGUCUGA